UUGAUAAAGAAUUAUUAUACUCUUCUUUUAUCAUUUCGUUGUCAUUACAGUGAUAUUUUCAUAUUGCCAUUGCUUUAAGUUUUUUGUGAACCUUUAACAAUACUGAGUUUGCUACUGAAGUGAAGUGAGACAUGGCUGCUGAACUUGUGAUCGGGUCUCUUCUCUCUUCUUCUUUUGAUUUUUUGCUGGAAAAGAUUGCUUCUCCUUAUGUUGAGGAGUUCUUCUUCAAGGGAAAUAAAAGUUGUGUUUCUGAGAGGCUUUUCAAGUUGAAGUCAACGUUCAACUGUCUCGCUGCUGUUCGUUUCGAGGUGGAGAACAAGAAAAUCAAAAACCCUGCUGUGGAGGAGUGGCUGGACGAUCUUCUCGACGCUGUGGAUGAUGCUGAGGACUUCUUUGGCGAUGUUGAAUAUGAUGCUCUCAAACCGAAGAAAGCUGCUGAGUCAAGGAAAGCAAGAAGAAAGGCAAGUAAGUUACUCUCUCGUUUCUUCUCCAAACCUUCGAAUUCAAUUGAUCGUAAAAGAAACACCGAUAUGGAAGAGAUUCUUCUGAGAUUGGAGUUGUUGGCAAAUCAAAUUGGAAUCUUGAAUCUAGAAAACAAUGUUGUUGAGGUGAAACCAUCAGAAAUGUUGUUUGUUAAGACUUCACUGCCGGAUGAACCUGAAGUUUAUGGUAGAGAGAAUGACAAGGAUGCUUUAAUGAAGUUAUUAAUGUCAGAUGAUGUAUGCGGUGAUCAAAAGAUAUGUGAUGUCAUUCCCAUAGUGGGAAUGGGUGGGAUUGGAAAAACUACCCUUGCUCAAACCCUUUUCAAUGAUGAAGAAGUGACGAAGAUGUUUGAACUUAAGGUGUGGGUGUACGUUUCUGAUAAAUUUGACGCCAUGGCUGUGACAAAAACCAUUCUUCAACAAGUAGCUCCGGAUGAUGAUGUUCGCAAUGGCAUGGAUUUGAAUUCGCUUCAAGUUAACUUGGCGAAGAAGUUAAUGGGAAAAAAGUUUUUGAUUGUUCUAGACGAUGCUUGGGCGGAUGAUUAUGUUCAGUGGAAGGAAGUGAUGAAGCCUUUCAAGGAUGGAGCCAAAGGCAGCAAAAUAGUAGUAACAACAAGAAAGAAGACAGUUGCGGAUAGCAUUGGAACCGUUGAUCCACACUAUCUUAAAGAAUUAUCACAAGAUGAGUGUUGGGAACUGUUUGCGAAACACGCCUCUCGUGGAAAUCUUGAAAUGUUUAUUGAGAAUCCAAGAUUGGAAAGUAUCGGCAGAGAAGUUGUUAAGAAAUGUAAUGGCUUGCCUUUAGCUGCUAAAGUUCUAGGAGGGCUCUUGAGAUCGACGUUGGAUGCUACGAGAUGGGAACAAAUAGCAAAGAGUAAUAUUUGGGAGCUGACAGAUAAAAGGAGCAAGAUUCUUCCUGCAGCUUUAGAAGUGAGCUACCACUAUCUUCCUGCACACUUGAAAAAAUGUUUUGCUUAUUGUUCAAUAUUCCCAAAAGGUUAUUUAUUUGAAAGACAGGAGUUGGUCUUAAUAUGGAUGGCAGAAAAUCUGGUGAAGCAUUCCAAAGAGAAUAGGAGAAUGGAAGAAGUUGGUGAUGAGUAUUUUGAUGAAUUAAUAUCUAUGUCGUUUUUUCAACCGAGGACCGAUUACUUUAAUAAGCCGUGUUUUGUUAUGCAUGACCUUAUAGUUGAUUUGGCUAGAGUUGUUUCUGGAAAAUAUUGUUGUUUGUUAGAGCAUAAUGAAGAUAUUGAUAAGUUUGAGAAGAAGACUCGUUACCUUGGAUGUGCCACAGAAGUCCUUUGUUAUGGUGAUAAGAUAUCUACUUAUGAUUUUAAAGCUACUCGUUUGCGAACCCUUUUGUCAAUAAGAUCUAGUCUUGGUGGUUCAUUGGUUCCUAAGGAAGUAGUGCACGAUUUGCUGCCGAAGUUGAAGUGUUUGAAAGUUUUAUCUUUUCGUGGUAUCACCGAUUUGGCUGAUUCAAUCAGUGAUCUAAAAUAUCUUCGCUAUUUAGACCUUUCUGGCACCGACAUUGUGAUGUUGCCCGAAUCUGUAACUUUAUUGUACAAUUUACAGACAUUGAAAUUAGAAAAUUGUCAUCGACUUGAAUCUCUGCCUAAAGAUAUGCAUCAUCUCAUUAAUUUGAGACAUCUUAUUAUCAGGCAAGAAGAGGUGUUAAAUGAAAUUGGGUCGUUGAAAGAGAUGCCAAGCCAAAUAAGUAAAUUGAUGAAUCUCCAAAUGUUGACAACAUUCAUUGUGGGAAAGAAUAGUGGCGCUAAAAUAGAAGAGUUGGCAAAACUUUCAAGUCUACGCGGAGAACUUUCCAUUAAGAAGUUAGAAAAUGUGGCCAAUAUUACCAAAGCAUCGGAUCAAGUCAAUGUACUGGAUAAGAAGCAACUUGAGAAAUUGAGUUUGGUAUGGACUGCUUAUGUUGUUGUUGAUCCAAAACAUGGAGAGGUUGUGCUUGAAAUGCUUUCACCUAACACAACGUUGAAGCAAAUCAAGAUUCUUGAUUAUCCAGGCACAAAAUUUCCAAAUUGGGUUGGGGAUGAUUCAUUCAGCAACAUUGUUGAAGUAAGGCUUGAUAAGUGUCGACGUUGCUCCUAUCUACCUCCUCUUGGACAACUGCCUUCACUAAAAAUUCUUCACAUUUCAAGUUUUGAUUCAGUAACGACUGUGGGUGCUGAGUUUUACGGGAAUAGUUCUGCGAAGAAGAAGCCAUUUUCAUCAUUGGAAACCUUAAGGUUCAGCUUCAUGUCAUCAUGGGAGCAAUGGCAUUCAAUGCAAACUGAAGAUGCAGCAACAUAUGGAAAGCUCAAAACACUUUGUAUUUCUGAUUGUCCUAAGCUCAUUGGGGAUUUGCCUCGCUUCCUUCCUUCAUUAACAAAGAUUGAAAUUGAUGCACAUAAGCAGUGUGCUUUAAAUAUCCCAAGAUUACCUUGUGUGAGAGAAAUGGAAAUUACAUAUUUGGAAAAUAUAGAGUCAUUGUAUGAGGCAAUAAAGGCAAUGAAUCCUUCUUCUUCGACUGGAAGUUUGCUUACCACUCUCACUCCUCUUCAGUCACUUACUUUGAGUAAGUGUGGGUCAUCCUUUAGAUCCUUCCAUAUGGAUUUAUUUCCCACUCUUCGAACUCUUGAAAUAAGCUACUGCGAUUACUUUGAAUCCCUCUCAAUGUCCGAUGGUCAAUGUCAGGAACUAACUUCUCUAUCUAUCUCUUGUUGUGAUAGCUUUGUGUCUUUCCCUAAUGGUGAACUUAUUGCUCCCAAACUGAGAGAAUUUCAGAUUUUUCUUUGCCCUAAAUUGAAGUGGUUGCCUGAGAAGAUGACUUCCCUCUCAUCUUUGAAAUCUUUGACAAUCGGAAGUUGUCCAUUAAUAAAGACUAUUCCUGAAGGUGGUCUGCCCAUUAGUUUGUCUAAACUUGGGAUAAACUAUCAUCAACUUUUGAGGAUGAAAUGGAAUCGGCAAACAUUACCCAAUCUCAGGGAUGUUAUAGUUGACGGAGAUGAAGAAGAUUUGGAAUCAUUUCCGGAGGAAGGACUACUGCCUGCCACUAUCACCUCUCUUACUAUCCAUAGAUUUUCAAAACUUAGAGGCCUGGACAAAAAUGGGCUGAGUCAACUCACCUCCUUGCAACAACUUCACAUCUUGUGGUGCCCUGAGUUGCAGACAUUAUCAGAAGAAGGGUUUCCAACCUCCCUCUGCUCUUUGAGUAUAUAUGAUUGUCCUCUGCUGAAGAAAAUUUACGACACAAAGGACAGUGAGAAUAAGGAGUAUUGGAGAAAGAUUAGUCAUAUACCCCAUGUCAAAUUUAUUUGAGCAAGCAUUUACCAUACGUCACAUCCCAAUCUUUCACACAACUACUCUGAAUGUUGAAUCAAAUAAUUGAGAUCAUCACUCAUUUAUUUAUGGAAUGUGCAUUAAUUCAGCAGCUGUGGAUGAAUUUACGGAAUUCGAAAUUCAAUGGUGUCUGCCUUGGUCUUGUGCUCAAAUGAUUGAGAGAAAAUUGUUAGGAGGAAGGCAGAAGCCAAAGCUGUGGUUAGCGGCCAUUUUAGGUUGCAACUUGGAUUUAUAAAACUCAAGACUUUGAGGGAUCGACUUUCUUUCCUAGGCCUUUGUAGAGAUUGGGGAAGGUUUUUGUACUAAUUAUGUUUUAGUUUGUAGUUAUCUCUUAUUAGUUUUGUCUUAUGAUUGUGCUGCUAGAGAUGUGUUCUUUAUUUUCAUGUAAUUCUCAAGUUUUCUGUUUGUUACCAAGGUUUUCCUCCGCCACAAGUGAGGGCUUUCAAUAAAUUUGGGAGGAGGUCACUCAUGGACAUGUGA